AUGUUUCUGUUGGUUGUCUGGGAAAGAAGAUGGCAGUGGUGGGUGUUGACGGGGCGAGAUGAUGUCGUUAUUGUUGAUGCGGCUCUGCGAUGGGCCAUCUACGUACUAAGCUUUCGGAACUGUGAGAUGGUGAGUGGGUCAGAGCUCCGCACUACUACCAUAGCUCACCCAGCACUGACAUAA